AUGGCGACCCGAUAUUCUCUGCGGCAGACGCCGAGGAAGAAGGAGCUCUUCGACGGCUUGGUCGAGACACCAAAGAGGCAAUCUUCACGCGCUCGCCAGUCCUCACAGGCCCCCGAAUCUUUGGACGCCCAAGACUCGGCCGAGCCGGCUCCUCGCGAGCGCAUCACCCGCCGACGAACCGCCAAGUUCAUCGAGAACCUGGACGAGGAAGAGGAUGCCACGCCCACCGCCAAUGGCAACACCAACGGCCACGCCAACGGUCACGCCAACGGACAUGCCAAUGGCCACGCCAAUGGCCACAACAACGGCUACACCAACGGCGCCGCGCCGAACGGAAAGGACGCCGCCCACACAAACGGGAAAGCAAACGGGACAUCGGGCGAUGUCCAUGUGGUGGACGGCUGGCUGCCGGGCCAGGACCCCAAGAUUGACUACUCGGGCGAAUUCGAGUUCGGCGGCUCGGUCGGCACCGCCUUCAUGAUGAUCUUCUUUCCCAUCCUCAUGUGGUACAUGUGGAUCGGCGCCACGUUCUACGACGGCAAAUUUCCAUCUCGAACACCCGGCCAGAGCUGGGCGGACUUUGGACUUCAUCUUGCGAACCUCGUCUACACCCAUGGCUUCCCUCACGCAAAGGCUUGGGUGUGGUACUGGAGCUACCUCGUCUUCGAGGGCGCGUGCUACUGUCUGCUCCCCGGCGUCUGGGGCAAGGGCAAGCCUCUUCCCCAUGAGGGCGGCAAGCAGCUCGACUACUUCUGCAACGCCUACGUCAGCCUGUACACUACCUUGGCCGUCCUCGCCGGCCUGCACUUCUCCGGCAUCUGGCCCAUCUACACGGCCCUUGAUGAGUUUGGUCCUCUGCUGUCCGUGGCCAUUUGCAGCGGCUUCAUCGUCAGCUUCGUCGCUUACUUCUCCGCUCUGUGGAGGGGUAAGCAGCACCGCAUGACGGGCUACCCCAUCUACGACUUCUUCAUGGGCGCCGAGCUGAACCCUCGCAUGUUCGGCAUCCUUGACUUUAAGAUGUUCUUCGAGGUUCGCAUGCCCUGGUACAUUCUGCUGAUUCUGAGUCUCGGCGCGGCUGCGCGUCAGUGGGAGCAGUAUGGCUUCGUUUCCGGCGAGGUCAUGUUCCUCGUCAUGGCGCACUACCUCUACGCCAACGCCUGCGCCAAGGGCGAGGAGCUCAUCAUCACCACCUGGGACAUGUACUACGAGAAAUGGGGCUUCAUGCUCAUCUUCUGGAACCUCGCCGGCGUCCCUCUGUCCUACUGCCACUGCACCCUCUACCUGGCCAACCACGACCCCGCCACCUACCGCUGGAACCGCUACGCCCUGGUGGCCAUGUACGUCGCCUAUCUCUUCUGGUACUGGGUCUGGGACAGCUGCAACAGCCAGAAGAACCGCUUCCGCGCCAUGGAGAAGGGGAACCUCAUCCAGCGCAAGACCUUCCCCCAGGUUCCGUGGCAGACGCUCAAGAACCCCAAGACCAUCGAGACCCCUCAGGGCACCAUCCUCGUCGACGGCUGGUAUGGUCUUGCUCGCAAGAUCCACUAUACUUCGGAUCUGUGGUUUUCCCUGUCCUGGGGUCUCAUCACCGGCUUCAACUCUCCCUUCCCCUGGUUCUACCCCGUCUUCUUCGCAUGCAUGAUUGCUCACCGCGCACACCGUGACAUUACCCGCUGCCGCGCCAAGUACGGCGAGGCCUGGCUCGAGUAUGAACGACGCGUUCCCUACCUCUUCAUUCCCUACGUCAUCUAA